CAUACCUUAUCUGAGACUCUUUCAUAGUUUGAUACGCAUUUUCAUUUUUUCCUCUACUUGUUCAACCCUAAAAAAAACUGGCCUUUGAUAACAGUUUAAAUUCCUGGUGAAUGACGUGGAUCUACGUCGAUAAAUUAUGCAGUAUUUUCUGGAAAUCGGAGUGUUUGCUGUUAAGAAAAUGGCGGAGUAUGGAACGUCUAUAUUUUUAUUUCCACCAAUGCAGUAGGCUUCAAUACCAUCGUUAACAAGGCCAUAGCGGACAAUGGAUUUUGCUUGUAAAAUAACGGUCAAAAAGAGGCAUGCCGUCAUUUGCAUUGUGAUAAACGUUCUUUUGACGGCUGCUUUUUUGAUACUUAUAACAAUCUGGGCGUGUGUAAGAGCAUCUCUAACGAGUCCUCAUGGAAGCUCAUCGUGUAUUACUUGCGACAACAUGAUGUCUAAAACUUACAAAACAUCAGGCCCAAGAGGUAGUCAUUAUGCUAUCAAGAUGAGAGAAGAUGGGAUUUGCUGUGGACCCGUCGAAAUCCUUGCUCAGACUUUGUUACAAAAGGAAAUAGUUGAACAGUACUACGACUACAGCAGCCAAACCCUGCUUGACAUACUAGACGAAGCGAUGCUUGUUGAUUGUGAAAGAGAAACAAACAACAGACAGCCCAUCUCGAAAAUUGUCGGAAUUGUAGAAUUCAAACCUAGCUACACAGUUGACGGUCAUUACAGAAUCCUGUGGAAUAAAAACGGGCGCACAUUUUCAGCGAACAAUUGCAUCCACUUGGAACUUGAAGGAGAAAUAUUUGUCAGACAACCUGGCUACUACAUUGUUUCUUCGCAACUGAAUCUUAGACGACAAAAGGAGACAGGCACGUUUAGAAAUGAAACCAGACCGACGAUCUUCAAUCAUCAUGUCGAUCUCCUUUCACACCAAUAUGGUACGACGGGUAUCCUGAUGCAAACCAAGAAAUCGAUUGAAAGAAAUGACGGUUACUAUUCAAGUUUCCUGUCAGCGGUGUUUAAGCUAAAUAAGUAUGAUAGGCUCUCAGUGUCUGUGUCGAAUCCUGAACUUUUAAAUAUUAACAACCUCAACGAUCAUUUUCUGAUUUACUUUACGUAUGAUCUGCCAUACUAAAUUUGGACUUAAUUUUAUCAAGCAAUACUUUACUUUUAAGACCUAUGUGAUGCCCUUUUAUUUCCACGCAAACGAAUUAAAUAUUUUUUUUUUAUAUAAAGUUAGAUUAUAAAGUUAUAUUAGCAAAAUAGAAAAACAAUCUUAGUACCAAAACAUAUUGGGGUAUAUAUAGGCCAUACUAUAACAUGGCAUAUGCUAUUAAGCAAGAUUUGCAAUGCGCUUAAUUUAAAACUUUCUGUUAUUAAGCAUUCUAUGAAUGAAAAUAUGUAGUGUUUGCUGUACAAUUAAUAUACAGUGUCUUUUUUUAUUUUUGCUGACCAGUAUAAUCUUAAACACGCAGACUAAUAUAAGAAAAAAUACUUAUAAGCUAUAUCACUUGCAAAAUAAGUAUACAUAAGCCUGUAGGAACACCAUCAAUUAAAAUGUUUGAACAACUGAAAGGGGAUGACCUUUAUCUAACAUAUUCAAUUCAUUACUGUGUAUAAAACCUUAAACAGCUAAUGCCCUGAAUAUAUGAAGGGUCUGAUUACUUUCUCGAAUAAUGAAACGUAGAAUUAACGAUUGUCCAAAUUAGAUUUAAAACACAACACAUUAUUUUCUAUUCAUAGCUGGCUUUUCUGGAACGAUUUUACUAAAAAUGUGGGAUCUGCUUUGACGGUGCAAUCUUUGUAAUCAAAGGUAAAAAUUAUUUACUUAACAUCGAUCUGUUUAGUUUAAAGAGAUCAGACAAUAAUCAUAGGCACCAAAAGAACAUUAUUGCUAGACUUACAAAUAACAAGUUAGCAAUUUAGAAAUCAAAUACUAACUGAUUUUAUUUGAACUUUGUUGUUGGUUUUAUGAUAAAUAUUUAUGCAAAAAGGUACAGAAACAUGCUCAGUAGCAAAAAGUUUAAACAUAAACCCGGUUUAAUGACAAUGGGCAAACGCCAAAGACAUAGAACACAAAAGACAGUUUGCCCUUAAAUAGAUCAGUAGAUGUUUAUUUUAACCGAUUUUGGAAUCCCACAACACUAUUGUGCCACAAAUACUAACGGGGGUCCUAACCUAGCGACUCUCAAACAGCCAAUUGAAUUGUAAAUGAUUGUUUUGCAAACAUUUUUGUAAAUAUUUGUCUUUGUGAGGAUAAUCUCUAUUGCUAUUUUUAUGCGUGGUGAUUAACUCAGACGUGAAAGCAUAUGAAUAUAUAACAGGGGUUAACUCUGAAUAAAAGUACUAAAUAAAAGGGUCUGCGUGUAAAUGCUCCUUAGAAUCCACAUGUUCGACAUUGGAAAAGUAAUCAAUAUUUAAAAUCGUAAGCGAACAUGAUUGUAACCUUUACUUCAAAUGAUUCAUCAUUAUUUAUAUACCUUAAAAUUCUUACUUUUUUGUUAUUAUCAACAUGUUUCAAUGUCUCAAGGUUGUAACUUUUGUUUGUAAUUAAUUUUCGACAUGUACAGUGAUUCCAUGUUUGAUGGUGAUAAUAACUUUUAUUUGUUAUGAUUUAAUGAUAUCAUGGUUUAUUCAAAUUUGAAAACGGUAAAUUGUAUCGUUAUUUAAGUGUGUCCAUGUUUUUUGUUAAGGUGACAACCUUUUUUGGAGUGAAUUAUAGAUGUAUAUUGUAUAUUAAUAUGUAAACCACCAACAAUCCUUUUUAUUUUUAUUUAUCUAUAUCCAUGCUUCGAGGCGGUUACUUGUUUGUUAACGAUUGCUGUAUUAUAAUGUAUCUAUGAUUCAAGCCAGUCUAUUUUGUUCUUAACGAGUUAUCGAUACAUAAAAUGAUGUAUAGUGUAUCCAUGUUUGAAGGCCGAACCUUUUUUUUAAUGUUUACUCGAUAUGUAUAGUUAAUUGAAGUUUCAAUGAGGUAACUGUUAUUGUGAACGAUUUGUACUGUAUGUUUAUAUGAAGGUUAUGGCGUUGACAUUGAACGAUGUAUUGACAUUAAUGGAAUGUUCAUGUUAAACAUUGUCAAACACCUUUUGCCUUUUGAAAUUAUUGUAAAUUAUAUUUGACACUAUGAUAAAACGUAUGUUGUGUUAUGGGUCCCAGAUUUGGGGUUAUGAAUUAAGUCCUAAUAUGAAAUAAAUACAAAAUAUGUUUGCAGGAAACAUCUUGGUAUUAAUACUAUUUUGAUUGGGAUUCUAAUUGCACAUAUGUAACUUAUUUACUCUUUUGUAAUUAAACCUUUCAGAAAGAUUACACAUUAAUAUAUUUUGUAUUGAAUAUAAAUAGUUGAAGGGAAGAAAUCAUGCUCAAUAUUUAUAAUAUGCUUGAAUGAAUGCAUUCCCAUGACACAACUUAUCAUGUGCUAAUUCUGUAUGCUAUGUAUUUUGGACCGGUGGCAAUAUAUAUUGUUUUCUGCGUUGGAGUAAGACGAAUUAGAAGACAAUUAGUUUUCAUUGUCUGUAAUGGAUUAACCGCCAGUUGGCGUUUUAUAAGCACGAUUGAUCUAUAAUUUACAAGCAAAUGUUUAAGGUGAAAGAUUUGUCAUUUUUCAAUUUCAUCAUAUGAAUGAUCUAUUUGUUGAUCUUUUUUUCAAAGCGUUGUAAUUGCCAAUUGAAUAACUUGAUAUAGAACGUAUAUAUAAACCAUAUACAUGAUUUGUUUUAUACAUAAUUGUAAAGUAGCUUACGGGUGAUGAGGCCCGACAUCUAGUGAUACUAGACAAAUCCUGUAAAUCUGGAUGACAAACGGGCAGGUGUUUUGAGUUUUUCCCCAGAAGGAGAGUUAUCUCAGUUUCUCCACGGCCAGUAACAAAUUAAACAAUUGAAUUUA